AUGUCAGAUAAUCACCACAUGUAUCACAAUUUGAUGGUCGGAAGCUGGACGAGGAUCAGGACUUACAAGGUCAUCUUCAAGCUCAACCAUGAAAAUGCCCCCAACCACACGGCCUUCGUCAUUACCAACUACCUCACCCAGAAUGAAGACCCUGUAGAUCCCCAGCCUCCUAACGGCCCUGACAUAGCUCCUUUUGUUUGUUCUUUGCUCUGCUCUGUGCGUAUAUCCGAUAUCAUUACGGCUAGUAAACGUAAACACAACUCGUGUACGUUAAAAGAAAAACUCGAAGUUCUCAAAAGACUAGACAAUGGUGAAAGUGCUACUCAACUUUCAAUUGAAUUUGGUGUCGGUAAAGCGACGAUCAGUGACUGGAAAAAGAAGCGGGCAAAAAUCGAACAAUUUUGCUCUGUUACAAGUGAAAACACUCAAGAAAAACGUCAAACUACUACUGUGUCAUCGUAUGACAAACUCGAUGAAGCACUUUACUUGUGGUUUUCUCAAGAGAGACAAAAAGGCAUUCCCAUUACCGGCCCUCUUAUUAAAGAAAAGGCGCUUCUACUAAACAUCCUUAUGGGAGGCGAUCCGUCAUUUUCGGCUAGUUGCGGUUUUUUAGAUCGGUGGAAAAAAAGGCACGGUAUCAGGCAACUGACUGUAACUGGCGAAAAGAUGUCUGCAGACAGCAACGCAGCCGCAGAAUAUCUUCAGGAGUUCAAAGAAAUUACAUCCUCCUACUCACCCCAGCAAGUGUACAACGCUGAUGAAACGGGGCUAAAUUUCAAAGCGUUGCCAACAAAGAGCCUAGCUUCAAGAGAAGAAAAGUCCGCUCCAGGAUUUAAAAUGGAUAAGCAACGACUAACCGUAUUAGCAUGCAGCAACGCUUCCGCCACCAAUAAGAUACCUUUGAUGGUUAUCGGUAAAUCCAAAAAACCUCGAUGUUUUAAAAACAUGAAUAUGAACGCUCUGCCGGUUUACUAUAAAAACCAAAAGAAAGCUUGGAUGGAUCGUGCUUUAUUUCAAGAAUGGUUUGAGAAACAAUUUGUGCCCAACGUGAGAGCCUACAAUGAAGAAAAUAGACUGCCUGAUAGAGCGUUGUUACUCAUAGAUAACGCUCCGUCCCAUCCGGAUGACUUAGAGCUGGUUAUUGGUGAUAUAAAAGCCAUUUUUCUACCACCGAACGUUACUUCGAUCAUACAACCAAUGGACCAAGGAGUUCUACAAGCGUUGAAGCAAAAUUAUCGGAAAAAGCUGCUCCGAAGCCUGCUUGAGGAAAAUGAAGACCUCACAAUUCUCCAAAAGCUUAAGAAAAUCACGAUCAAAGAUGUAAUUUUCUGGGUGGCAGAUGCUUGGGAGAACACAAGCUUUGUUGAAGAGGUUGUUCCACCGGUAAAUGAAUGCGAACUUCUUCCUCUUGUAAAAAAAAUACCGGGAUGCGAAAAUGUAGAGAAGGAGUGUGUUGAUGAGUGGACGGCUGUAGAUGACAAAGGCUUCGAGGAGUACACAGACGAAGACAUCGUGGCACAGGUGCAAGGAGUCCCAGCUGAUGACUCAUGUAGCAGUGAGGAUGAGGGAGACGCCCAAACUACCGAUAUUGUUCCACACAGCGCAGCUGCAAGUGCCUUUGACCUCGCUCUACGCUACGUCGAGCAACAUGCCGCUGCUACUCCCAAUGACGUAAUGUUCAUUCGGCGUUGGCGAAACAUUGCAUCGUCCAGUCGUUUUAGUGUGUUGCGUCAAAAGAAGAUCACUGACUUUAGGUCUUAG